AUGCCAGAGCGUAGGAGCGCCGUCCUCCUCCCUCUCCUCCUCCUCCUCUCCUCCUCUGGUUAUGCCUCACAGUUUGCAGCUGACUGCGAGGGUGUCAGACGAACAGGUGGGAGCCAGGAGGACGUCCUCGAAUGCUUGAGGCGGAGAACAAGGCAGCUGCCGAAAGAUCCUUCCGCAUGGCUUACCCUUGGGCUGCAACUUCAUUCCGUCAACGACGUGGAUGAGGCUGUCAAUGCAUAUCAGAAAGUCGUUGAGCUGAGCCCGACAUCAGAUCUCGCUGCUACUGCGCAUCUUCACCUCGGAGUCAUUCUCCAUGGUCGGGGGGAGCAUACUGACGCCUUGACACAGUACCAGCGCUCUCUAGCUCUCAGCCCGAGCUCGCCCAACACUCUGCUGAACAUGGCGAUCAUCCAGUACAUGCAGGGUAUGACUGCCGAGGCCAUGCAGAGCUGCAAGGGGGCAAUCGACAUCAGCCCGGAGUAUUUUGCUGCGCAUGCGCAGCUCGCGAUUAUGCAGCAGCAGGUCGGCGACAUAGACGAGGCCGUGGACAGCUACCGCACGUCAGUCCGGCUCAAGCCAGACUAUGCUCCCUCCUAUUUCAACCUAGGUACCGCGUUGGAGCGAACUGGCGACCUUACACAAGCGGUAGAGGCAUAUCAGCAGGCGGUCGCAAUUGAA